AUGGUCUGGCAGGAGCCAGACACCCCUGGCCUUUUGGAUAUGAAUAGAGUUAUGAAGCGCUGCAAGCUUUUCCAGCAAAUGAAACUGCCUGUCCAACUCCUAUCCAUCUCAAUACUCUCCCCUCAGGAGAUCGCAACUAAGAUUGAAUAUGUUGCUUGUCUCUGCAUCAUAGACAAGCACGGACGGUUACCUGAAGCUGUAGGGAUACUUGAUCUUAUGAUGGACUACAAUGAAGCUGGAAGACCAUGCCGGAACUUCUACGUGGGGAUUAGAAACAAACGCACGUGGCACGCCCUUAAUUGGUGUCACUUUCACCUGGUUAUCUUGAAGGUACCUGCAGCACAGCGUAAUAGAAGAAGUUCUCUUCACAUCCAGUAUUUGAUGUUCGAAAACAACCGACUCAUAGCUCUGGAACAACAACAACUUCUGCCUAUCCCCGACAUUGCCUAUGAGCCGAUUCCAAAAGUUACUGUACGCACAGGUAGUAAGGAGUUGUUGAGUUGGAUUAUACAACGUAUUGCAGAACAAGAUUUUCAACCGCUGGAGGAGGUCAGGCAUAUUGCAACAUCAUUCCUGGCCAGUCAAUUGGAACAGGACAAGAAAAUGGUCACGUGCCUUCCUACUGAUAGGACAUACUUCCUUUGUAAGAACAACAAGCACAUGCUCGACUAUACAGACAUGUCAAACAAUGAAUCCGCAACCAUAGACAGAAUCAUUGAGGAGCAUCUUCAUGAAUCUGUGACUGCUGUUUGUGUCCUCAUCGCUACCACAUGCGGCAUCAGCAUUACCACUUCACAUAUGCAAGGGGUGCGGAGAGGAUAUUCUUAA